UCAGUAGCAAUCAGAAUGUUUUUUGUUGAGGACGCACGGCUGCUGUCAUUUUUACUGUUGUUUUUGCCGUUGCGUAUAUAUAAACAAUAAAGAUUCGUAAAUCAUUUAAUUGAAUUAAAAACAAAAACAACAACGUUUGCCUCGUUCUAAAUUCAUCUCAUCAAAAGUUGACCAGAAAAUAUAUAUAGGGCAAACACAGCAAACGAGAGACAGAGAGAGUGAAAGAGAAAGCAGAUUCAAUUCAAUGACAAAAAGAAAUUACGCUUAAACCUUAAGGAUGACGACGGGCGAAUCCUCCUCCAGCAACAACUCCUACAGAUAUGGCAACAACAACAUAAAAAAUUCAUCCAUCACAACAACAGUUCCAGCAUCUGCCGCUGUCAAUUCUCAAUUAAUUUCAAUCGAUCUGGAAUCAUCAGAUUCUAAUGCAGAUAUAAUGGAUACAUCAUCCUUACCGCCCAAUCUCGAUGAUGAUUCAUUGGAGAGCGAUGUCCUUCUUAUCAAUAGCAAUGGAAAUCGUCGUACACCACGCUCCACAAGCAUGACCACCAACACCACCCACAGCAUAACCACUAGCAGCAGCAGCAGCACCACCACCAUGAACACCGCUUCCUCCACGUCAUCUUUUCGUGGGAAAUCUCGCAGUAAUUCCUGCUGGAUGCGUACAUAUGGGUUUAUAACGCGAAACUGGUAUUUAGGCUAUCUAGUUCCAGCUUCCAUACUUGGUGCUCUUCUAGUCAUUGGCUGGCUAACAAGGGAUUAUGCAAAGGAAUUGCUUUUCUGGAUUGAAACUCAAAAUCCAUGGAUAAUCUUUGCCAUAUUUAUGGCUCUGUUCACUCUUGUCUCAUUUCCCAUUAUUGUCGGCUAUUUUGUGUUACUCUUAACGGCUGGCUAUCUAUUUGGCUGCUGGCGCGGCUGGUUGACUGUGAUUUUGGGUGCAAAUGUUGGUAUUGCCAUUGCCCAUACCUUUAUUCGCAGCUGUCGCCAUCGGAUCCCAUUACAAAAAUUAAUCAAAAAUGAGACUGGACGUGCCAUAAUGCGUGUUAUAUCUGGGCCAAAGGCAUUUAAAGUGGUCUUCUUUACACGUCUUACUCCGAUACCCUUUGGACUGCAAAAUGUGAUAUUUGGUAUCAGUUCAAUUAACACUGCGGACUAUCAUGUGGCUACAUUAUUGGGUCUAUUACCAGCCCAGACAAUAAAUGUCUAUUUGGGAUCCACCUUGCGUUCGAUGCAUGAAGUUCUCAAUGAUAAUGAGACAAAAUUAACUGGCUACAUAAGCUUUGUGUUUGAGGUAAUUUGCGGUGUUUGUCUCAUGUUUUGGGUGAUACAGAAGGCGCGUAAAGAGCUCGCUGAUACUUUGCUCGCAGUCGAUUAUGCCAAUGAUAAUGGCAAACCACUGGAUAUACAAGUUUAGCAGUAGAACGAUCUACUGCACGAUUCAAGACUGCAAUAUUUAAAUCGAAUUAUGGUAAUUAAAUUACUUAAUUUUAGGCAAUUGAUACCAAAAAGAAAAAAAGAAGAAGAAAAAAAAAACACAAGAAGGGAAAUC